AGCGUGGAGGGCCGAAUUCGUGGAACCCCAAGCAAUAUGGCUGGUUGGAACUUCGCAUAUUUCUUCUAAAUCGGUAAAGGAUGUCGAGCGAGUUGUCCGAGCAGUAAAGCCUGAUAAUGUAGUCGUCGAGCUUUGCAGGAGCAGGCAAGUUUGAUUCGUUCCUUUGAAAAUUGGCCUAAUCUAAUUCUUUUACUGAAUUAAGUGAUAAUUCGUCAGAAUUCUUAUUCUGCACUUUCUUUCGUUGGACGAUUAUUUAUGAGAGCUUGAAUUGGGGUCUUUUGAGGUCCAAGUUAUUGGUUCACAUGGCUGACUCACCGGUAAUAUGUUGCACUUUCGUUGAGUUUUGCGUUCAAAUUUUCAAGAGCUUAAAUGGCCAAAAUCUCAUUUGCCCUCUCUGCCUCCUGGUCUGAUGAAUCUUAGAGGAAAAGGAAAAAUACCAAAAUUCUUCUCUGUGAUAGCUAUUAGCCAAAGAGUAGUCGUUAAGUAUCAUCUUUCUUUCAAAACAUUUGCAAAGUAUGGCAAUGACUAAUGAGAAAUUUGUGUUUCUUCUUCAAGGGAUCUUGUAAAAAAACUACAUGUCAGCUGAGAGGCUGGAUUAUGUUUGAAGUUUGGAAGUUGUGGUGUAAUAUAGUUCCUAAUAAAUGCCAAACAUUUGUUCCAGAGCUGGUAUCAUGUAUACUUUAGAUACUGGUGAGCCAGACCAAAAACUGAAAUCCAACAUGUUCUCUUUGAGUGGGGAUGGUUUUCUAGGUGCUGUUGGUCGCAGCAUAAACCUAGGAGGCCAGACUGCUCUUGCUUUGCGUCUGCUUCUAGCAGUAUUUUCAUCCAAAAUUUCAUCAGAUGUCAACCGUCCUUUUGGAGACGAGUUUCGAGCUGCUCGUAAAGCAUCUGAAGAAGUUGGUGCGCAAAUAGUUUUGGGGGACCGGCCAAUUGAGAUAACACUAGAAAGGGCAUGGAAUGCUCUGACUUGGACUGAGAAGUUGAGUUUAGUAAGCUCAGUUAUUCGUGGGAUAACAUCGGGAUCUGAUUUCUCUCAAAACAUUGAUGAGGAAUCCGAUGGAAAUGGUAGUUCUUUGCAGCUCUAUGAGAAGCUUAGUUUUUCUUAUCCAUCCCUCCUUCAACCUCUCAUUCAUGAACGAGAUACCUACCUUGCAUGGUCUCUGAAGCGUAGCAAGGCGGUGAACAAGAGCAAGAGGGUGGUCGGGGUGAUCGGAAGAGGCCAUAUGAAUGGUGUCAUUUACGCAAUAACAUCGGACCAAGGAAACUUACGAUUUCGAGACCUUGCAGGUAAGAAAGCUGGAGAAGGUAAUUCCAAUGGCUUUGUUAGCAGUCUCCUGAAAAGCUUGGUUAGAGACACUAUAAUUGGUGUUAUCUUGUGGGUUUUAUAUGAACAAUUAAAACAACUACACAUAAUACCUUAGCAAGGUAGGUGUCAUGGCAACUAAUUACUUCUUUCCACCAAUUCAUAUCUUUGCGAAAAAGUAAUUAGAAAUUUAUACACAUUGAUUAUGUAUAAAGAUACUAUUUGAUCGCUGGAUUUGUAUAUUUAUCUAUUUCUUAAUAAAUAUAAAAGAAUGUAUCAUGGAUAUAUAAUCUUUUAUA